UUGAUGCCUCGGUGGUAGCUCCGCGCGUUCAAAUGUCGGCGAGCAAACAAAACGUUGCGUCCCUAACCUUCUGCAGCCUCCAUCACCACCACACGACGUACCACCGUUGAUCAUCAUCACUUCCACCCCCGCCACUAAAUCAAAACUACAUCCGAGUAUUUUAUGUCCUGAAUAAUGGACGAAGUAGUUGAGCUGGAGACGCUGGACAAUGUGUGCCGUUUGUGUCUAUCAAAGGACGAGCCCAAGUCACCGAUAUUCGGCGUCCAAGAGGCAGUACCACUCGCUGAGAAGAUCCAAAACUGUCUCAGCAUCGAGGUGCUUCAUGAUGACAAUUUCACCAAACUUAUCUGUGGUAACUGCGUCAAGAGUGUUAAUCAGUGGUACAGCUACAGGGAUAGCUGUCUCAGGUCUCAGGAGAAGCUGCAGAGAUGGCUAGAGAAGCGUGGAGAUGUGUUUCUCUUUCCUCAGAUAACUCACAUAAAAUCGGAGCCAAUGGAUCCAGAGGACAUGCCGCCCCCAGAGGAUGUGAUCGAUCCCAUGGAGAAUAUGGAAGACAUCCCAGAGGUCCCUUCCCGCCCUCGCUCCAAACGUCGCAGAUCUUCAAGUAACUCCUCAGAAGGAGAAUCGGGUACAGAGCUACUGCUGAAUCCGAUGGCAGCAGCAGCAAAAGAUCUGCUGGAUCCCUCGGAGUACCGUUCAACCCACCGUAAAAAAUUAAAAAGAGGCCCCCACACCCACUUCCGCGGUGUAAAAGUAUUCAAACGCAAAUGCCCCCACUGCAUGAUUCACUUGCACUCAAAAUCGUCGUACAAGAGUCACAUGGAGCGUUACCAUAGCGCGGGAAAAUCGCGAAACGGUCCGUCAUAUCGUGCCCCAUCAACGGACAAAUCUGAAUCAAUUGACGAGGACAUAGAGAUGGUAGAGGACGUGGAGGACGAGCUCCUGUCGAUGGAGAAAAAUGCCCCCUUGACUCAAGUCCAAGAAAACAUAAUAAGUCAGUUAAAAACAUUCUCAUGCUACUCGUGUCAACAAGUGUUUAGCGAUCGUCGUAGCACUCUCAAUCACAUACGCCAGCAUAUGCCGGAUUUACGCCCUUACACGUGCAUUGCAUGCCUCACAGAAUUUCCCGAUCGUUCGAUAUACAAACUCCAUUGUGGUGCGUCAUUCGAUUGCGCUAUGAAAAUUGCCCUUGUGGUACCAAAACACGGCACGGAGAAGUAUUUCACUUGCAACAUGUGCCUUAGGCCGAUGCCAAAUCGAAAAGAACUGCUCAGUCACUUGUCAAAACACUCGGACAAGCAUUACGAGCCCCUCACAACAUCCGCUUCCUUGAAGUCCCCGAAAACUAAAGCAGCGCCACCUGGACCAUACCGUCACGGCGAUCCAGCGCACAAUCACACGUGCGACUACUGCGGUAUGAUUUAUCGAUAUAAACCCAAUAUGCUGAAGCACGAGGACUUGUGCAAACGUCUCCCUCCGGACGAGAGAACGUCGUAUCGUUGCGCUCACUGUGGCAUGACGUUCCUCGUCUUCAAGAAAUUUCAAUCUCACAUUGCACUCGAGCACAACAAGAAAGAUCUCGUCUGCUACGAGUGCAAUGCCAAAUUUAAGCACUCGAAUGAGUACCUGGUGCAUCAUCAGCAGCACCGCACCGCCACCAGAGCUGAUGAGGCUAGAGAUGAUGAUGCUAAAGGUGUUUGGAAGAAUUACAACUCGAGUAUGAAAGUUACGAUGAAAUUUGGUUGCGCUGUUUGUCCGCAAGAGUUCGGGACUAAGGAAGAGCUUGCACAGCACAGGAUGACGCAUUCCAAGGGUCAUAUGAAGGGUCAGAAUCACGUGGAGAUUGUUGAUCCAGAUAUGGAUGAUGGAUUGGAUCAGUCGGACUCGGACAUCAAUGCACCGGAUUACGUGCCUAUGGAGAAUUCCCAUGGUCGUAGCACCGAGUGCACCACAUGCGGCAAGAUAUUCGCCAACUAUCCGAAUCUCAGGAGGCACAUCAGGACGGUUCACAUUGUUGCUGGUCGGUUCAGCUGUCCGAAGUGCCCCAAAACAUUUACGAGUGAGGAUCUGUGGAAUCAGCAUGCAGAGAGGGCACAUCCCAAGGAACUGCCUCCAGACGUGGUGAUGCACAAGUGUCAACAGUGCAAGAACAUGUUUGAAACUCAGGAGAUGCUGACCGGUCAUCUUCAGGAGGCGCAUGGAAUGGCGGAGGAUGAUCAUCUGGCUUGCGACAUCUGUGGCAAACGUUUCAGUAAUGAGACAUCAUUGAAGAUUCACAGAGGUCACCACUUUAGGCGGGACUCGAGGUUGUCCAUCAGAUCGGUGCCACAUCCCCUGGAUCAGGUGCAGGUGGAGAUGACGGAGGAGCCGAUAGAGAUAACCAUGACACCACGUCCGGCUAAAGCCAAGAAGUCCUUCCCAACGCCGAGCUUCAAGCAGUCAAUGUCACCGACUACUUUGGCCUGCGCUGUCUGCGAUGAUUCGUUCACGGACGUUUCGGAAUUGAGGAAGCACCUGUGGGAAGUUCACUGCCAAAAGCACAAGUCAGAGAAGUCAUUUGUUGGUGAUCUGCAGUGUGAGCUCUGUACUAAUGUCUUUCCGGAUGAGAAGGCACUCGAGGAGCACAUGAGGUGGCACAAGGAGAAUCCUAUCCUGGCGGAGGUCACCAGGCCUGUUGACAUAUCCUGCGACAUAUGCGGCAAAUUCUACAGCUCGACGAAGGCCCUCUGGAAGCACAAGAAGUUGCACAAGACAACUCCUGUAACCGGAAUGAAGCUACAGUCUCUCAAGAAGACAACACCCACUUCUUUCCCCUGUCCAGUCUGCAAGAAGGUAUUCAACAACGAGACAUCCAUGAAAAAGCACAAAGCAGCUGCUCACUACGUCAGAAAGUCACUCAACUCGUUACCCAGGAAGUCAACGACUCCGUCACCGUCGAAGGUCGAUGAAGAUGGCAAGCCCAAACGACCGAAACUUGACUUUGACAUUAUCAGAAAGGCUUAUCACCUGGGUGAGCCAUCGGGAAGCAGCUUUGGAACACCUAAUCCACCGAAGAAGCCCGUCACCUGUGGAAUAUGCAAAAAACUACUGCCAAGCAUGAGCUCUCUCUACAAGCAUCGUCAGAACGUCCACAAGAGCAGCAUUGGGAAGCCCCUGGAGGUGGACGAGGGCGAGGUCGAGGGUGAGGGUGUACCCUGCACCGAGUGCUACAAGGUCUUCUCUAAUCCUGCCAACAUGAAACAGCAUUACACCAAAGUCCAUGGAAAUGGUGACAAACACUACUGCACCAUGGACGACUGCGAAGAAGUCUUUGAUACGUCACUAGCCAAACAGGCACAUGAGAAGAGUCACAUGAACAUUCUAUACAGCUGCAACCUGUGCUCCAGGCACAUGUUCAAUCGCUCUGCCAUCGAUGGUCAUCUUCUCAAUGAGCACAACGGCGAGGUGGAGGGCAAGAAGACUCAGCUCUUCUACAGAAAAACUGAUCUGGGGAGUUAUGAGGUUAAGGGGGCCGAUGGCAGGGUAUGUCCCAUUUGCAAAAUCAAGUAUCCCAAUAUUAAGGCUAUGAAGAUCCAUUAUGUCAAGAUUCAUGAGGGCGUCAGUUAGGUUAGGAUGAUAGAUUAAGUUAGGUAAGGGGGCGUCGAGAUUUUCAAUGUUCAGAGGACAUUUGUACAGAACGUAAUGUUAAGAAUCAUUUUGUAUUAUUCAGUAGAAAUCUUUUGACGCGAUACUGUGAGGAUCGUAAGAGUUUUGUCGUAGGGAUUUUUUAGGCUUUUGGUUGGUAUUCUAGGUUAGGUUUCGAGGCUAGGAUCAUCGUGGCUUCCGAGGGGAGGGGGCUUUAGUCGAUAGAACUCUGUAGAGUGUAAGAUAAUUUACUUUUUUUUCUGUAACGAUGGACAUUAUUGCAUAAUAAAUGCGUGACAUGGUU